GUUAUAUAUACCAGUAAUCUAGUCACCAUCAUUUUUAGACCAUGUAUAUAUCUGUUGGACUUGUAAACUGAAAAGGCUAUGUGGUUUAAAUUAAUUCAUUGGAAAACCCCCCUCCACCAUCUUCUACCAUGUUGCAUAUCGAAUUCAACAGCGCUCUGCUCUUCCAUAGAAAGCACACAAACCCACAACAGAUUUCAAGAAUUCAGUUAUCCUCGAAUGGUUGGCGCCAAAAAAAUCAUAAAACAGUUGAAGAAUUCAAAACCAUGGUAAUUUCUUCAAACCCAUUAGCCCCAGAACUCCACAUUUCCUCCCAUCAACAACCCUACCCUUCUAUUCCUUUCUCCACAAACCCCAACAAUGUCAUCCUACCAAUUAACCGCCGCCACCUCCUGGCUUCACUUUCUGUGGCUAUUACCCCCUUCUUUACUUCUCAACCACCGGAUGCAGGUGCUCGCGGCCUCUUCCAGAUGCCUCCGGCUCGCCUCACUAAUAGGUACUAUUUGGUCAGGGCUGGGGAAUCGGAAUUUGAAAGCAUGGGGAUAAUUAACACGAAUCCAGUUGCCAAGACCUCAGUGGAUAGUGGGUUAUCGGAGAGAGGGAAGAAGCAGACAGUGAGGGCAGCUUUUGAAUUGAAGGCAAUGAAGGCUUGUGAAGGGAGCUGCUGGAUAUGGCCUUCUAUUACCCAGAGAGCUUACCAGGCCGCAGAGAUCAUUGCUUCCGUAAACGGGGUCACCCGGAGUUUCAUAGUUCCAGAGUACAGCUUUCUGGAUGCCCGUGGACUGGGAGCUUUUGAAGGCAAGAACUUGGAAUCUGUUUCUGAAGUGUAUGCAUCUGAUAGUAUUUCCCCGAGCAUCAAGCCACCUCCAAUUAAUGAUGGAACCCCAAAUGAGAGCGUUGAAGAUGUGUUUGUUCGUGUGACACAGCUAAUGUCGAUUCUUGAAACCCAGUACUCUGGGGACACGGUCAUCAUCGUCUCACCAGAUUCUGACAACUUAACAGUCCUACAAGCUGGUUUAGUUGGGCUUGAUUUUCGAAGGCAUAGGGAUCUUUCUUUUGGUCCUGGUGAAGUCAGAUUUGUCGACAUCAAUAGUAUACCUACUUACAAGCAACCUGCAUCUGCUGUAUAUAAGUGUCUAAAUCCACCAAGCUGUAGGUGAAUCCAUUUUCUUCUUGAAUUUAAUGUAUACCCUGAAUUACCCUCUAAUUAAUAUUUGCAUGGGGCAUCUUCUUGAUUGUA